AUGUCGAACCUUCGUGCCUACCUGGCGGCAAACUACAUGUCCGGCCCCAAGGCAGACGCUAUUCUCGCUCGAGAAAAUGAUCCUACUCUGAAGAAGAAGCGCAAGAAGCCCAAGAAUGAGGACUAUGUUGGUGGUGUAGCUGCGAAGGACGAUACAGGGGCUGGAGGGUUGAAAAUGAGGGAUGAGGACGAGUGGAAGUUGAGGGGAGUGGAGGAUGUGGAUCUGGAGGUGUUGGGGAGAGACCUCACAACGUUCAAGAAGUCCAAGAAUGCCUGGGCUACAGUCGGCUCGUCUGCCCUACCACUAUCCUCCUCGGUCAAGACGGAAGAAGCAGGACCAUCGUCGCCUCUCGCGGAUGUCAAAGCCGAGCCGGACGCAGACGGCGAGGUCGCCGCGCCUCCGACCAAAAAGCGGCGAGGCGGUCUCAAGACCGCGGCCCAACUACGUGCCGAGGUAGAAGCUGCCAAAGCUGCGAAAUCACCCUCGCCUGAACCGCCAGGGGAGGAGGAAAACAGGAAUAAGACGGUGCAUCGAGAUGCGAGUGGGCGGAUCGUCGAUGUGGAGAAGCUCAAGGCGGAGGAGCGGGAGCGGGAAGAGGAGGAGAAGCGGAAAGAGAAGGAAAGGGAGGAGUGGAGUAAGGGAAUAGUGCAGAGACGGCAGAGAGAAGAGCGAGUGAGAGAGGAGAGGGAUAUGGCGGAUCGCGAUGUCGGAAGGCAUGCUGGCGAUGCUGCGAUGAAUAGGGAAUUGAUGGAAGUGGAGAGAUGGAAUGAUCCAGCUGCGUCUUUCUUGACAUCCAAGAAGAAGACGAAAAGCCGAAGGCGUCGCCCGACAUAUCAAGGCGCACCCUUUCCAAAUCGCUUCGGAAUCUUGCCCGGCUUUAGAUGGGACGGUGUCGAUCGUUCCGCCAAGGAUCCAGAUCGAAAGCUUUCGUUCGAAGCGCGCUUCUUCCAGGCUCAGAACUCGAGGGCAAGAAAGGAGUUGGCGGAUCAGCAAUUCUCGAUGGAGGAUAUGUAG